GAUACAUUAAAAAUAUGGAUGCUGACGUCUUCGGUUGUCAUAAAGAGUUAUCAAAAUAAAUCAUCUGAAACAGCAAAUGGAAUUUUGAGACGUAUCAUAUGGCGAGGCCGCAAUCUAGACACCAUUCUCGAAGUCAUCACCAAGAAGAGGUGUUAAAAGCACCACCUGGAAGUCCUACACCAUGGUCUACUGAACAGAAUAGUAACCUAGAAUUUUUCUCCCCACGACCUCCUAGCAGACCAGCAGGAGAUGAUGGAAGUGGAAGGAGAAAGACAUCUGCUAGAGGAAGACCAUCUUUAGUAACUUCUGGUCCUGGUCCCAGUUUACCUCAGUUACCAGGUGAAAUUGAUCCAUUUGCCAGGAGACCUUCUCGUCCCUCUUCAUCACUAUCUAAAUAUAAACCAUUACCAGAUAUACAACAUGGCCAUCAUAAACCUCAGGGUUUACAUGAUAACUUAGAUUAUAAUGUAGAAAAUAUAAACAUUUCUUCAGAUCAACAACUUCAUACUAGAUUUAAAGUGAAACAGACUAAAUCUUCAGAGAAAAGAGUGAAAUCAAGUGAGAAUAGAGUAACACAGACAAGUUCUGAAAUUCCUGUCUCCAAAGUUAAAAUCAGUGUUAAAAGGAAAACAACUGUACAAAAAUCAGAUGUAUCCAAAAGUAGUGAACAUAAGAAUGUGAUACCAGAUCCAAGUCAAGAUAACCCUGUGAUAGAAAUAGGAGUGAAGCUGCCCGAUACUGGUGAUAGAGUGUGUCAAGUAUUUCAUUCAUUUGAUACUUUAAAGUCUGUGAUGAAAUUUGCACAAAAUAAAACCGGGAGCAAAAAAUUGUCUCAAAAAUAUUCUUUAGCAAUCAACAUGCCUCGGAAAGUUUUUACCAAUUUAAGUAUAACUAUUAAGGAAGCUGGAUUGGAUAAUAAAACUAUCCUAUAUUUAAUUGAGAAAGAUCUAGAUUAGCUUGGUGUGGUGUCUAAAGACAUUGUGUUUUCUGUUGAGAUGUGAUAUUUGGGAAAACUAUGAUGAAGAUCGGGAUCUGUCAAAGAAAUGAAUUUUGUGUGAGCUUCAUUAUGACAAAAAAUUUUGAACUGUAAUCUUAAAUAUCACAUCACAUAUCAAUCAGCAUGUAUACAUGGUUCAGUCACUAUUUCUUACAGGAAAGAUUCAGAGAGAUUGAAUUCUCAAAAUCUGAAAAGUGUUUUUCUAGCCUUUCAACAAAUAGUAUUGAAAUCAAUUGAAUGGGCUUUUAACAGUAUGUAUGCUUAAUACCAAAUUCUUAAAUGAGGAAAUUACUUGUUUUCUCAAGUCUUUUCACUUCUGCUUCAGAUUAUUUGAGAAGCAUCUCUGUAUUUCAUUCUGUACAAGGACUAUGGUUUGAUUGAGUAAAUUUCUCUAUCACUUUCAACCAGUGAAGAGAAGUUUUGAUACAAUUUAUGAUCUAUAUAUGAAGAGGCCUAGCAAUGUUAAUGCUUGUCUGAAUUAUAGUGACAGAAAAUUUUUGAAUAUUAUUUAUAUCAUGGAAGAAGUGUCACAGGGUAUCAAAGGGUAAAAAAUGAGUAUGAGUGAUAACUUUUAGUGAUUAUGUCAGUGUUGUUUGUGGUGAUUCGUUUAAAAAUUCAGAUAAAAAAAUAUCUGUGAUAACUGAUAAGUAAGCUUAUACAACUUUAUAUUGUUUUCUUUUCUUUUUAAAAUAAAGUUGGAACUUUUUAAC